CUCUAACUCUCAAAACGACCCUUUAAGGUAAGCAUUUUUAUUUCCAUUUUCCAGAGACAAGCUGACUUUCAGAGAAGCGAUCACACACCAUUUAGUGGCGGACCUGAGGCUGGAAUGCAGGAUGGCCGUCUCCAAACCUCUUCUACACGACGACGGUAGGAAAAGCAUGAAACACAAGGGAAAAGAAUGGAAAGAAUUGGGGUCACAACUUCAGCGAAAGAGAAAAGACUGAGAACUGGACGACAGAGUACAGACGACAAAACACCCGCCACCUCCAGCGCGCGGUGACGCCGGCGGGAGCCGGAGCCGGAAGUCGGGCCGCAGCUUCCGGACCUCUCGCCGGAAGUGCCGGUCAGCACCGCCUCCCGCGUUUCUCCGCAAGCUCGGCUCUGGGGUCGCAGCGGGCGCGCGCCCACGUGCUGUUCUGGUCUCUCUUCCAAACGUCUGUGGUCAGAAUGUCGCACCCUUCCCCUCAAGCUAAGCCCUCCAGCCCCAGUAACCCCCGAGUGUUCUUUGAUGUGGACAUCGCAGGGGAGCGAGUUGGUCGAAUUGUCUUAGAAUUGUUUGCAGAUAUUGUACCUAAAACUGCAGAAAAUUUUCGUGCAUUGUGUACAGGAGAAAAAGGCAUUGGACCCACCACUGGGAAACCUCUCCAUUUCAAAGGAUGCCCUUUCCAUCGAAUUAUUAAGAAAUUUAUGAUUCAGGGUGGAGACUUCUCCAAUCAGAAUGGGACAGGUGGAGAAAGUAUUUAUGGUGAAAAAUUUGAAGAUGAAAAUUUCUAUUACAUGGUAAAGUAGAUAAAAAAGCUUGUUUGUUGCUUAUCAAAAGGGUUGUUAAAUGUCUGGGA